AUGGCCAUGGCAGCCAUUCUUUCACCAUUCGCUCUUUUGGUGCUCGGUGCCGCCAGCGCCGUCACCGCCGCAAACUCGACCGCCUGCAAAGCCGACACGUUCGCGUCCCUAACGCUAGAUAACGUCAACAUCAUCUCGCUCGAUGUCGCCGCCCUCCGCAACCAGUCCCUGAGCUCGGACUCCUCCAGUGGCACCGGCGUCGGAGUCGGGAUCAUCUCGGCCGGGACGGGCGAGACGGUCACGGCCGUGGACCUCUGCAAGAUCUCGAUCCAGUACACCCACCCCGGACAGGGCGACACCGUCAACACCUGGGUCGGCCUGCCCCUCGACCCAGCGAACUGGAACUCCCGCUUCAUGAUGACCGGCGGCGGCGGCUGGACGGCCGGCAGCGACAGCUCGAUCCUCUCCCCCGUUGCGUCCGGCUACACGAGCUCGUCCACCGACGGGGGCCACAACGCCACCACGACACAGGCGCAGUGGGGCCUCGUGAGCGAGGGCAACACCAACUGGCCCGCCCUGAACGACUUUGCUUCCGUGGCCCUCGACGAGGCGGCCAAGCUGGGAAAGGCUGCGACGAACCUGUACUAUGGCAAGGACCCUAUCUACUCGUACUGGAACGGGUGCUCAACUGGAGGCCGACAGGGACAUAUGAUGGCACAGCGGUUCCCCGAGCCCUUUGACGGCAUCCUGGCCUCGUGCUCGGCCUUCAACUGGCCAGAGCUCCAGGCGGCUUCGGGCUACGCGAGUUUCUUGGCUCAGUUGCUAGACGUUGUGCCUCCUCAGUGUGUCCUCGAUGCCUUCUCUAACGCCGCCCUCGACGCCUGCGACGAGCUGGACGGAGUGAAGGAUAGCAUCAUCGCCCUACCCGGCUCAUGCAACUUCAACGCGUCAGAUAUUGUCGGCCAGGAGGUGACCUGCACCAACCCCAACGGCACCGUCACCAUUACGGACAAAAUGGCGCAGUUCGUGCAUGGCUUCUGGAACGGGCCGCGCACCGGGUCGGGCGACUUCUUCUGGUACGGGUUCGGCUACGAGGGCCCGUUCACGAGCGUGUUCGUGCCCAACUGCACGACGGUGGACGACUGCACGUACACGCCCUUCUCGGCCGCCAACGACUGGUACGGCGCGUUCCUGGAGCGCAACUCGACGUGGAGCCUCGAGACGGCCGGGCUGACGCAGGAGCGCUUCGACAAGCUGAACCGCAUGGCCGUGGACCAGUACACGUCGACGAUCGGGACCAGCAACGUCGACCUCACGGACCUCAAGGCCCGGGGGACCAAGAUGAUCACGUGGCACGGCACGCACGACGGCCUCAUCCCCUACAACGGCACCGUCGACUACUACGACCGCGUCAUGGCCUGGGAUCCGGACGUCCAGGACUACUACCGCUUCUUCCUCGCCCCGGGCGUCGGCCACUGCCGCGGCGGGCCCGGCUUCGACCCCAACAGCGAGGUGCUCAACGCGCUGAUCUCGUGGGUCGAGAACGGCACCGCGCCUGAGUUCCUGCCCGGCACUGGGCCCGCGACCAAGAACGUCACUGACACCCGCACCGUCAACCUGUGCUUGUACCCAAAGGUGCUGACAUCUGUCGGCACCGACCCCGAUGAUGCUGCCUCAUUUGAGUGUGUCUAG